AUUGUCAAAGCGGAUUUCCUGGAAUCAGUCCGCUCCAGAAGACGUUAGUCACUCACAUCUAAGUGUUGAUUGGUUUAAUUCAAAAUCCUGUCGUCCAAUAGUCGAGCAACCUUUGCGCGGACUCUUCUCAAACCCACCAAUCAAAGCUGUUUCAUCCAAAUAAAAACGCGCGGUCGCUGAAAUGCGUCUAUACAUUAUAGUUACAGGAUGGCAAGGACGAAGCAGACCGCUCGAAAGUCCACCGGCGGCAAAGCCCCCAGGAAACAGCUGGCUACGAAGGCUGCCCGUAAAAGCGCUCCGGCCACUGGCGGUGUUAAAAAGCCUCAUCGCUACAGGCCCGGUACCGUUGCCCUCCGCGAGAUCCGUCGUUACCAGAAGUCCACCGAGCUGUUGAUCCGCAAGCUGCCCUUCCAGCGGUUGGUCAGGGAAAUUGCUCAGGACUUCAAGACAGAUCUACGCUUUCAGAGCUCGGCUGUCAUGGCGCUUCAAGAGUCCAGCGAGGCUUACCUUGUCGGUUUGUUCGAGGACACUAAUCUGUGCGCCAUCCACGCGAAAAGGGUCACCAUCAUGCCAAAAGACAUCCAGCUGGCUCGUCGCAUCCGUGGAGAGAGGGCUUAAGCUUUCAUUUCGCACACACAAAGGCUCUUUUAAGAGCCACCAUAUUUUCAACUAAAGUGUUUAUUUCUAUUUCUUUACAAAGAAAUGUCACAACUACCAUAUUCGCACAUAAACCUCUGCUGGUACGUUAUUAUAAUAAAGUUGAGAAAUAUGAAGCGGCAUGUUAUUCACACAACUACCACACAUUUACUGAAACGGCAAAACAAUCCCUCAUUAAACGACGAAUACUUCACUGACUCAAAUUCUUAGUUGCUAUAUUUUGCUGCCUAUUUGUAAAUUACAUCAAUUAUCUGAGAAGGUAAUCUCCCCGCGAGUGUGGCGACCGUGCUGGAACCUAUCCCAGCCGAUUUAGGGGUAGGCGGGGUACACCCUGAUCUGUUUGGCAGCCAAUCGUGGGGCACACAGCCAAAUAGCCAUUCACACUCACAAUCACGGCUAAGGACAAUAUAGAGUGGUCAGUUAACCUAGCGCACGUGGAAACGUGGGAAGAAAUCGCAGUAACCCACAGGCAACAAACAGAACAAACUCGACGCAGCAAGGCCAGGACCCGGGAUCGAGCGCAUGACCUUUGUACUGUGAGGCAGACGCGCACCUAGUCGGUACCGUGCCACCUUUAAAACUCCAUAACGUGUUCUCCUUUUCUUCUUGCUUGAAUUCAAAUGUUUAAAAAUUCCUUUUUUAUUUUCUCAAGUCCUGCUCUUGUAUUUUUUUUGAUCGUGUACACUUUGUUGGUUGCUUCUAUUUUGGCCGUGUUGUGAUUGUAGAUUGGCUGUUCUUGAAGUUCGUGAGGUUGUGAGUCACAGCCCACCUCGAACCUUUACAGUAGGUUUCUACAAAGUAGAGCAUGAGUGAGGCUUUUUCAGUGAUCCAUCGUUUACAUUAACAUAUACAUCUAUAUUUUUUUUAUUGUG